AAGAGGCCACCCACAACAGAAGUUCCUUGUUUUCCAGGUAUGGAGGGCCAUCAUCCCUAACUCCAAACACUCGCAGUACCUGAGACCAAGGAGCAGAGUGGAAGUUCGGGGAGAGGCGUCCCAUACCAGAUGCUGUGCCCUGCAGGUGACUAGCCUAAGAGUAGCAGCCAUGGCCAGUGGGGACGAUGAGCCGAGGAACUGUGCGGUGUGCGGGGACCGAGCCACAGGCUACCAUUUCCAUGCCCUGACUUGUGAAGGCUGCAAGGGUUUCUUCAGACGAACCGCCACCAAGAGCACCGUUCUCACCUGCCCCUUUGCUGGAAGCUGUGAGGUCAGCAAGGCCCAGAGACGCCACUGCCCAGCCUGCAGGUUGCAGAAGUGCCUAGAUGCUGGCAUGAAGAAGGACAUGAUCCUGUCGGCAGAAGCCCUCGCACUGCGGCGAACAAAGCAGGCCCAGCGACGACGGGCCCAGCGAGCACCCAUCCAGCUGAGUGACGAGCAGAAAGAGCUGGUCCGGACACUCCUGGGGGCCCACACCCGCCACGUGGGCACCAUGUUCGACCAGUUUGUGCAGUUCAGGCCUCCAGCUCAUCUGUUCGUCCACCACCAGCAUUUGCCCAUCUCGAUCCCUGUACCGCCUCUGCUCAUGCACUUCGCAGAGAUCAACACUUUCAUGGUGCAGCAAGUCAUCAAGUUCACCAAGGAUCUGCCCCUCUUCCGGUCCCUGCCCAUGGAGGACCAGAUCUCCCUUCUCAAGGGAGCGGCUAUAGAGAUCUGUCAUAUUGCACUCAACACCACUUUCUGUCUCCAAACACAAAACUUCCUCUGUGGGCCGCUCCGCUACACGAUAGAAGAUGGAGCCCAUGUGGGCUUCCAGGAACAGUUUUUAGAGUUGCUCUUUCGCUUCCAUGGGACACUGAGGCGACUACAGCUUCAGGAGCCCGAGUAUGUGCUCAUGGCUGCCAUGGCCCUCUUCUCUCCCGACAGGCCUGGGGUUACCCAGAGGGAGGAGAUUGAUCAUCUGCAAGAGGUGACGGCGCUGACCCUGCACAGCUACAUCGAAGGCCAACAGCCAAGGCCUGGGAAUCGGUUUCUGUAUGCAAAGCUACUGGGACUGCUGGCCGAGCUCCGGAGCAUUAACAACGCAUUUGGGUACCAAAUCCAGCACAUCCAGGGACUGCUAUCCAUGAUGCCACUGCUCCAGGAGAUCUGCAGCUGAGGCCCCAGCCCAUCUGGA